GAGACAAGCAGCGGCUUUAUCGACUUGUGCGAAGCCCUCGCGCGAGCCAACCAAGCCAUCGCCUAGGCGUAUCUCUUUGCCGCAGUAGCGAGCGCAAAUUCGGCUCGUCUUCGGGUCCUCGGAAGCCCCGGCGCGCCCAAAAAAGAGGCUUGGCGCCUGGCAAGCGAACACAUUAAUCUAAGGCCGCGGCGGCGCAAGCGCGCCCCGAGACGGUCGCGCGCGCUUGCCACAGUCCGGGACCCAACACAGAAGGCCCCCUGUACUCUCAAACAGCUUGCGCCCGCACACCGCGCGGACCGCCUCGCCGAGCCCUAUAAAAAACACAAAAAGCGGCGACCGAAACAUGGCCGAGGCCUGGCGCUCGAAGCCCUUCCCCCAGACCGUCGCCUGCCAGAUCUGCACCCUGGAAUUGACCAUACCAAGCCCGGAAGUGAUCCCGUUCCUGAGUUGCGAGGCCUGCGGCGCGACGCCCUGCGCGCGGCUCUGUGGCAGGUGGUUCGCGAGCGAGCAGGGCGCGGCGAAGCACACGCUGAGCUGCGGGCGGAUGGCCGCCAGGAAACCGAAACCCCCGGCGUCGCCCCCGAGGCAGGCUUCUACUUUACCGGUGCACGGCUUGUUGGAAGGUGCCGCUCCCCCAGCGCCCUCGCCCGUCGUCACGCCGCCCGUGCCGGGCGCGCGCGACGCCGCCGUCGCGCGCGCCGGCGCCGCCGCGCCGCGAGGAACCGUGGUCGUGAACGGGGAGCCCCGGGGUGCAGGGGCGCCGCCGCCGAAGCCCAAGGCGAAGAGCUCGGCGCCGAAGCCCAAGGCGCGGCCGAAGAAGCGCGUCAAACGAGAGGCGCCUCCACCAGCACCGGUGGAAGAGGCGGAGCCGCUGCCGCCAGCGCCCGCCGAUAAUGAAGUUGCGGAGGGCGCGGCGCUCGCACCCCGAGCCUUCCGCGAGAAGCUCAGCAAGGCCCUCGACAAGCUAGGCGGCCGCUACAACCUCGAGACGUCGCCCGGCGUGCGGGGCAACUUGCAGCCCGCGGUCCAAGUGUGUGCUUCCGGCCAAAGAGACGCGCACUAUGGAGCGGUGUUGCCGGCGCUGGUGGUCUCAAUCUGUGUGGAAAUCAUGACCUCCACGCCAUCGACGCGGCGCCUGCUCGACGGCGUGGCGAUGCCGGUUCCUCACCGCUCGACUCACUGGUUGAUUUCCACACAGGUCUCAAUACUACGCCACGCGCGCUUCCAGCCCGGCGAGACCUUCGCCGAUGUGGGGAGCGGUAUUGGCACCGCGGUGCUACAGACGGCUCUUACGACAGCGUGCGCGCGAGCGACGGGCGUCGAGGUCGUCCAGACGAGACACGAAGCGGCGCUCCGAGUUCAUGCCGCACUGAGGGAGCUACUUUCCGAUGACGAGCGUUCUAUUCUAGAAGCCAAGUGCGCUCUUUGUCUCGGCGACGCGUUUUCAGAUUCAACCUCUGCCUUCCUAGCUUCAUGUGAUGUCCUCUUCGUGAACAACGCGUCGGGCACGAUGGCUCCCGAACGCGUCGCCGGCACGGCACUCGACGAGCAGCUCGCGAACGUCGCGAAACGGUGCCGCGUCGGCAGUCGCCUCAUCGCGAUGGACCGGAUCCCUUUGUUAGAUGAGUGCAACGCGUUCAAACUGGAACAGUUCUACUCGUCGGAACGCGCCGUGACCUGGACGGACGCACCCGUGCCGUUGUACGUCUACGCCAAAAAGGCGGACACGUGGCAGUGUCGAAGAUGCACCUUCGCCAAUCCAUUAAUGGACGACUACCACUUCAUCACGGAGUGCCAGGCCUGCUCCGACGAGAUGCGGAGUCGCUUCGGUUUGAACGACGGCGAGCGCAUUUCCGGGAGGAGGUCGCGGUCGCCGCGGCCGACUUAGGCCUCGAUUUUUGCUCUUCCCUCCCGUGCGUAAGUGGCGGGUUCCCUAUCUUGUCGCGGCGACGGCGUUGCGCGUCGACGGCGUGCGCGUCGACGGCGUGCAGAUGGCUCUCGCGUUUCGAGGGCCGACGACGGCGCGUUCUCAAGAAGCGAGAGCGCUGCGCCUGUUCGUACGGGUCCGUCGAUCGCCCAGCAAUUUUUCUCGACUGCUGGGUGACGGGGACGCCGUGGACCCGCUCAAUCGGGCCUCACUAAUCGCGUAUUCCCUAAAUCAUUUAAACACUCUAGGGUGCAUGCAGAGUGCGUGAAGCACUUGGGCUAAAUUGCGCUAGACGCCCCGCUCGUGCCAGGCAGGGGUGAUUUUUGCGCGCUGUAGGCCUGGUCUUGAGCCACAGUGAAAACCGGCGCGCCGGCGCGGUCUCGGGAAGCGCUGAGACUGCUCCUUUGCGGGACACGUUCGCAGUGCACAGAAUACGGCGCGCGGCGAGGGACCGCCUGCGCGCCCGCUUUUCUGCAGCACCGAACACCGCAAAGAAGCGCCGCCGACCGGUGUCGAGCCGCACACCGCUACCAAAAAAUACAGACGCUUUAGCCGAGCACGAUGGCCAAAAGCGAACGCGACGACGAGGACAUGGCCCCGGCGCCCGCGCCGCGAGGAAGCCCACCGUCAGCGACGGGCCGCCGCCGCGCCCCACCGAAGCGCAAGGCCGACGAGGACGACAAGGGCGACGCCCGAGCGCGACGCCGACGCGCAAGAGAGCCCUCGGCGCGCACGAAGGCCCAGGACCCGCUCGGUGCGGCGACGAGGUUCGUGGAUCUCACACGGAGACUAGCUGCCGGUGGCGCCGAUGCUUCGCCUGGUUUAGAGUUAGAAGCACUAGCAAAGCUACUCUACGCGCUGACGCAACGGACGGCGACGACCGAGGAACGAUCUUUGAGUGCGAGGGCCCUAUUAGCAGCUAGAGACGCGCUACUCGCCUUAUCAAGCCAAAGGUCCGAGGACGACGACGCGGCCCCGGCCUCGAGAACGAGAGCCCAGAAGGCCAUCGAGGAGGAGGACCAGCCCCAGCCCCUCGACAAGAACGCCCAGCUCUGCGCCGGCGCAGCUUUAGAAUUAUGUGUUGAGCUGUGCCAGCAAGAGACGACUGGCGUCGUUUGUAGGGACCAGGCUUCGCAAAGACGGGCUAACGUGGCGUUGGACGUCCUGGAGGAGCUCUGCGGCGGCUCCAGUUGUGCUUCGGUGGAUUUAGCGGAGGACGCUUCCAGUAGUCGAAUCCCGCCCUUCGAGGACGUCCUGGCCACGACUUUGCACGCCGCCGCCGCGCGCUGCGCCGACAAAUUAAGGCGCGUAGCUCCAUCUCAGUCCAAAGAAGAACGAAGACCGUCGCCCGUGAUCAUCCAACUAGCCGCAGCCAAUCUCAGUCGCAUAGAAGCUCCUCAGAAGUUACUAAGGUGCGCGGACACUGGUCUCAGAAUAGCGGGCGGCCACAAACCAGACGACGAAAUGAAAGACCAGGACGAGGACGGGGAUAGGAAUGCGGCGAUGGCCUGGGCCUCUAGACUAGCUCGAGUCGCGAGACUCGUGGAGGACGAGCGCGCUGAUGAGUUAGUGAGUCAGGCCCAACGCAAUAAUGUCGAGCAGGCUUGUUUUGAUGUGGCCGCGCGCUUGGGUGCCGUGGCCGCUCUGUCACCGGUGGAAGCGUCACAAGUACAAAGUGGAGGCUGGCGCGAGCCACGGAGGCGGCACGCCGCAAAGUUCACGAAUGAGGAGGAAUGCAGCGAAGCUGUUAGGUGCUUCGCCGACGUCUCCAUGAUAGCGCAAACAGCAAAACCGGACAAUCCGCAGCCGCAUCUGGUCGACGCGAUCGGCGCGGCGGCCGUGUUCCGGGCCUGCGGGCCUCUCAGUUCAGCUAUUGUGGAAGGCACCACUACGGGAGAAGAGCGAUUACCUUGUGCGGUAGCCGCCUUCGCUCUGACUGCUGUCGCCGAGGCUUCGCAACAUAAUUGUACAGGACCCUUAGCGCAAGAUGCUCUGUCGACGAUCGAUGGUUGUUGUGCUUGCGCUCUGGCCGGUGCGGCCCGCUCCACAGAUGACGAUUUGGCGACCCUAGGCCUGAAAGCGUUAGCUUCACUGUUAGGACCUCCCUCAGAAAAACAGGAAACGAAAAAAAGAAGACGCGCGGUUGAGGAGGACGGCCCGUCGGCGUUCCGAGAUGUUUUAACAACUGAUCAUGCGUUGGCUGUGCUCUACGCUACGGCUUGGGAUUCAUCAACAGACUUACCUAAGGAUAGUACGAUAGCGAGAAGACGCGCGCGGGGCGACCGGGCCUGGCUCGCGGCUCGAAGUGCCUCGCGAGCCGUCGCCGACUCACUAACAGGCGAAUCUCUAGACCAGGCGCGGAACGCUUUUGUGGAACACAUGUCCCAGGACGACGCCAUUGAUAUGGGAAUGCCUAGGAAAGCUUUCUCGGUAGUAUAUGAUCUGGUACUAGAUAGAGGAGAAGGCUGUUCCCAACACCUGACGAAGGUGGCGUCUUUAUUAUUCGGGGAUGAUGUUGAGGUGUGUCCUCUCGGGUACGCCCCGCACGGGGCUCGUUUUUUAGUCGAUGCUCUGUCGUCACCGCGACGGGAUGCCUUCUCAACAGCAGUAGGAGAGAAGCUGUGGGAGCACAUCACGAAGUUGAAUGACGACGACGACCUCCAGACCGCGGCUCGGUUGCUCCACGUCGCGCGCGCGUCCCUCGAAGCCUCACCGACAUCGUCGUCACUACUCGCGGACCGACUGAGGUCGGAAGACGACGAUGCGGAUGAAAACCAACUCUAUGCGGCAUUGAGAGGCUUCACAACCACGGAGCCGCCGAAGCGCAUGCGGCGGCGGCGGGCCCCCGCGGCGAAGAAGGUGACCCAGCAACCUGCGCCAUUGGUCGAGGGCAAGCGCAUCACCGAACUACGAGCAGCGGCCGUCGCCAUCCUCAAGUCGGCACGGGAGGACGCGGCCCAAUUUGCCGUCGACGCGGCGUGGCGGUUCCUCGCGUCACUGCCGGAAUGUUCCGCGAAGGACGGCUUGGACGGCGCGCUCGCGGCGGCACGCUUAGCGAAGCUGCUCGACGCCUCGGAGUCGCGUUUACAGCCCGGUGAUCAAGUUCUGACAGCAGCGCGGACGAAAUUACGAUCCUCAUUGAACGAGGCGCCGUCGUGGGCCUCGUCGGCCGCGGUGGAGGCCCUGGCCUUCGCCUUGCGAGCCGCCGUCGUCCCCAGUCGCGGGGGACGAUAUAGACUGGAAGACGGCGACAGCGACGUCGACGACGGCUCCGACAGCGAGGGCGACGACGAGACGUCGGACGAAGCGGCUCGUCGCGCGAGGACGGCGGCCUUCGUCGAGGAGCUCGUCGAAGCUUUGAGUACGGUGGUAGAUGCGCACGAUGCCGAAGUCCUCAAAUCACUAGAGGGUGAGGAGCCUUCCAAAAGACGGCGUAAGAAGGCCGACGACGACCCCGCUGGAGAUGCUCGCUUAGCUCGCUGUCUGUUACGAGCGGCCGGCGGCGAGUCGACGGGUUCGACGCCCCAUGCGCAAAUCUUCGAGCCUCCGUUCUCCAAGCUCGCGAGGCUUGGUAGGGCUUUGUUCGGCGAGAACGGUUCGUCGGAGGACACGUCUACGGUCAAGCCGCUUGUAGAUAGGUUAGCUCGCCGAUCGGUGGAUGUGAAGGCCCUAGGUUCCGAGUUGAAGGGGACGCGGCAAACUGCUGUGAGGAAGCGCUGUUCUACCUCUGUUAAUAGUCGUGUAGUAGCCCACGCUCUCAGCCAAAAGCCGCAGACAGCUAGAGUUGUCUCCGCAGUAGCUGCCGCCGCGAGAGCGGUCGCCGUCUCCGCUCGCAGACAGCACCUGAGGAGUGGCAUGGCCCAGGACACGAGUUGCUGGAUCAACGCCGCCGCGGCUCUGGGGGCCUUGAAGACGGAUGCCGCUUAUGCGUUUAUGAGGGGGCUUUGUGCGAACGCGCAGCAGCAACUCGCGAGACGGCCGUCGGACGCGCGAGCCGUCGAUUGCAAGAGACGGUUGGGUGCCACUUGCAUUUUAUUUGACAAUCAAGCUAAAAAUGAGGCAGUGUGGGCCUCGGCACGUAGUGCAGCACUAGAUGAUCUUGAGAGGUGGACCUCGUCGCCGCGAGCGGAGCACCGGCAACACGUCGUAAGUUACGUGGAGAACACGUCGGACGAAAGCGUCGGCGCCGAAAAGUUGUUAAGUUGGGCGCUGAAGGACGACUUAUCAUCGCAAGGGGGCCACCUCGCCAUUGCCGCGCGGAUUGUUGUGACGGCUUCCCAGUUCCCGGACGCGACGUCUGGCAGUGUCCGAUUACCAACAGCGAAAGCUAUAAGUGGAGCCCCACCGGGCGCCCUCCGAGCCUCGCUCGUCGCAGCGAAGCACGAAACGGCGUCGAUCUGCGAGCUCUGCGCAAGUGCGGCGUGCGGCGACGCAAAGGGUGUGGAUGGUAGGUACCCGGCGGCCACCGGUGCCGCAUCAUUUGUGGCAGGUAGGGGCGACGAGGAUGCGGGCUGGGCCCCCCAAAAGACGGCCAAGAAAGGGAAUGAAGUCUGGGCUUCUGCUUGUAGAACAGCAAUUCUACGCGCGAUCGUCGACGACGGUGAGGUCUGCGAGUUACUCGAGCUGCCGGCGCGCGCGUCGAGACCCUGCGAGUCGUUACUGGUUUUGUGUGCGGUCACGAACGGUGGUAGUGCAGCCGCUGAUGUCGCGCAACGCUUGGUGCAGUCCGGUAAAACGCUUGGGAGUGCCAGAGCGUUGGAACUAGCUGCAGCUCUCUGUGCCGGCUUCCGGCGCGCCCUCGGGUUAAGGCAAGAAGAACAGACCCUACCUGUCCAAGAAGAGGAGGAGGAGCCGCAACGAGAGGUCCCGACGAAGUGCACGUUCGCGUCGACGAGUGGCGCGUUCGUGGAACAGCACUGGUACAACUGCGCGACGUGCGGUUUGGUCGGCGAUAAGGGCGCGUGUGCGGCUUGUAUUCGUACGUGCCACGCGGGGCAUGACAUCUCCUAUGCUCGUAAAAGUUCUUUCUUCUGCGACUGCGGGGCUCGAGGUUCGACGACGGCGGCCGACCGGGCCGCGCAACGAGAGCGAGAAAGCUUUUUGGGAGGUGAAAUACCGGGCGGUCGAAGGGGCGCGUCUGCGGCAGCUUUGUUGGCCGCAGCUCCCCCUUGCCGGUGCCUAGACGCGUCGGAGCGACGCUUCCGCCCUCGAGCGCCGACGAUCGAACGAAGGCCGCCCAAGCAGGACCGAGCUCGAUUGUUGCGAAGGGUCGAGAACCUCGCGGCGACGACGAGGCAGGCGUCCCUACCGGCAUCACUCGCCGAGGCGGCGUGUGCCGUCGCUACGGAGCUCGCCCGAGCGGCGGCGUCGUCCCUAGCCGAAAGGCCAAUCAGGUCAAGAGCCUCGUCGAUUGUGCAAAAACCUCGACGCGUCAUCGAGGCGCAGCCGUCGCCUGGUCGAGGCCGGACGUCGAAAGGUAGCUCUGAGAGUGCCGCACCGACGCGAUCGGCACCAAAAGUCCGACGAGCUUCGUGUAUUCAUGGCCUUGAGGUCAAGGUUCCCGGCGAGCAGACGACGGGACCCGUGGCGCGCCAGACGAAGGCUUUACUACAACGACAUAGAUUGGCUCCUAGGUUAGUUUCGGCUGACAGACGAGGAAGGGUCGCCAUCGGGUGUCGCAGAACCGUCACUAUAUAUGUCCUAGAAAAUGCUCUACGAGCGAGAAGGCCGCAACGCACAGCCUGUGUGGCGUUAACACGUGCAAAUACGCCCUUCGACCUCGUUGGUCUUGCCUUCAAUCCAUGCUGCGACCGACACGUCGCGUGCUGGGGGUUGCGGGACUGCUGCGUCGUCGCGCUGGACGGCGGCGACCAAAAAAAGAACGACGAACCGAUCAAUGUCAAAGUAGAGUUAGCCUUAGACGCUCUAGCUUCGGACGCCGCGCAUGUGGUCAAGUGUCUGUGGGUCCCUGCGUCCAAGUGCGGACUAGCUGUUUGCACCACUCUAGGCGUGCAUAUUUAUGAUCUUUCGAGAGAUACGGCGACACCCACACAUGCCUACGUGCUAGCCUAUGAUCAGCAUCAUCUGAGAGAUGCGUGUUUGGCGCCGCCGCGACCGGAAUGGGGCGGAGCGAGAGCGCUCUAUGCCGUCCUGGACACGGGACGGGUCUUCGCGGCGGACGUGGAGCCGGACGAUAAUGAAUUAUUUGGUAGGAAGUCUACAGUACAAACGGCGAAGGAAGUUUACCUAGAUCUCCACGACGCGCUGUCGUUGCCGCCUCGACUGUUUGCGGGGGCCGGCGCGGCCCAUGGGUUGCUCUAUUCGUCGAGGGCCCAUGCUCUGGUCAUAGCUCGAGAUGGGUGCGCCGCUUGUGUGAUACCGCUCGGGGACGGCGUGCGCGAUGUGAGGGGUGGAGGUCACAUUUUACCGUGUACCGUGCCGCCGCCACCACGAAGACCCCAAGUCUCCAGACCACCCACCGGUAGUGCCGCAGCCGAUGAGUUGCUGUUGGCCGCGUUAAACGCCUCACAAACGCAGCAGAAGACGGCGCAACAGCCGUUCGACGCGUGGCUCGAGUGGCCGGGCGGCGAAUGCGACGACGAUGCGGAUGCGGUUGAUGUUGUGUGUGUUGCUAGAGGUGUUAGUACGACACCUAGGACGUCGGGUAGAGGUACGGAGCGAGUCGUCUAUGUCGCUUGUUCUGGGUUGUCCGAGGAGUCUACGAGGAUGUCCGUCGCGCGGGAAUGCGACUGCACGGAGCCCGGGCCGGCGCCGCCCGCUUCCACCGCGGCUCAGCGACUCGCCGCGGCCACGGGUGGUAGUACGACACCGCAGCAUCGCCGCGUGCUGGGCGUGUGUGCUUACAUGCCACCUAGAGCAACCAAGUUGUCAGGCAGGCAGCUCAUGAUCUUGUUUGAUGACGGCACGUUACAGUUAUUCGACCGACCGGACUGCGAGCCCGCCGACGUCUCCAUGGAGGAGGACGACGACGACGAGGACGAGGACGAAGAAUUAGUGAGAAGGGGCCCGGCUUGUGUCCAGUUCGAAUCUCUCUGUGUGGUCCCUCAGCCCCGCGUUGUUUUCGCGGGUGACUUGGCGUCGUCGAAACCAUCGACAGACUUACGAAGACGCUUACGAGCGUCGACGGACGAGUAUUUAGUCGGUAAGGCAGACGGCGGCUCGUUACUCGUAUCCGUCGAUCCCUCGUACCUCCAAGAGCGGGGUUCACUACGAGCGGUAAGGUUGUUGGUCGGUUCCGCCGCGUCGAACCACGCUCCGGAAGAACUAGUGGUCUGUGGGAAAGUCGUACCAGUAAGAACGAACCAACGGGCCUGGCGCGACGUGUUUUUGGAUGCGGCCGACCGACGAGCUUGUAGGAGGUUGGGAGGUGUACCCGUGUCGAUGUUGGGCGCUCGACGGGCAGGAAACCCGCCCAUCCUAGAUGCGGUCGAAGUUUACGUUGCUGACGAGGCUCUACGUAAAAGGCCAAAGAAGAAGAAGGUACAAACGGUGAUCGACGUCUGUCGCGGUCUACCACUGAAACGGUGUCUGGCCGCGGCGUCGCGCAUCGCGGCUUUGGUGUCCUAUCCCUCGUCUUCCCUGGAGCGGUUUCCACCUCUCGAGGCACCGUUCGACGACACAUAUGCAACCGUAGACAUGUCAGAUGAUCCGACAGAGUUAUGUAAAGCGGCUUUAUUGGUCGUCGAACGGACCUGCCUCACGACAAAAUCGGAUCGCAGCUGGUGCCGCGCCGCCUCGACGCUCGUACGCGUGUCGGCUCAGUUCGACGCGACGCGGUCCUCGGCUUACAUCGACCAGGCUCGACUAGAUAGGUUAGUGAAGGCCACGGACGGGAGUCAAGACGACUCGCGGGCCGAUGCCGUCGCUAGAUUAGCACUGGCCUUGCAUGAGCGGGAGCCGUCGUCCUUCCGGAAACGGCUCUGUCCUUCGGACGAGGACUACGGCUUCCCGAAGAUCGCUGCUGUUGCGAGAAGAGGUACGGAAGUGCAAGCUACGACGUCCCGAACUAUUGUGUCAUUAGCUUGUUCCGAGUUGUGGUCUCGCGGAAGUAACUCGGCAACUCCAACAGAAACAGCAAGGGAGGGCUACCUCAAACUCGUGUCGACGCUGGAGAACGGCGACACGGCCGACAGCAGCAUGGAGGCUCUAGCGGAUGAAAUCUCGAAAGCUCUGAUUGCUGAUCCGUCAUCUGCGGCAUCAGCACUGCGAGAUGAAAAUAUCAGUAGCGAAUCGAAGACGGAGGACACGAUCCAAGAGUCCAAAGAUGAUGAUCAACAAACGAAGGCCUCGUUCUUCGCCUCUUGUGUUUUACCGUUAGUCUUAGAUAGACUCAAGCAGCAUGUCGUCGUAGCGAGCCUCGCGGAAGGGACCAUGGACUCCGUCGGAAGCCCGGGCAACGUCGCGCGGGGCCUGGGAUGUGUUCUGUCAAUAGCGUCGAAGUGCUACGCCGACCCUCAAUUAGCUUCUGCCGUGUCCUACGUCCUAUGUGACUGGGCGAGUGAUACGCUCAGAUAUGCUUUGUGCCAUGAUGUGCUCAAGUGCCACGCUGAGAGACGAGGGCGGCACUCCCGAUCGUUGCAGCGGGACGGCGUCGAGUGGUGCUGCGAUGAGGAGGAGUCGUGGUUUUCUCGCGAUGAAACUAGGGAGGACGUCGUUGUCUUGCUCUUGAGGACGGUAGAGCGACUAUGCCGAGGCAUCCCCUCCGUCCAACGCCAACAGGGCCAACCGCUCACAAGGCGAGACACGAUGGAGAGCCAGGACGGCGACGACGAGGACCGAGUGGUGGAAACGGUCACACCCGUCGAUGCUUGUACUCGUAGAUGCGCGGACGACGUUGAGUUAUCUUGUGCACCUCUCAGCUUACACCGCGGCUCGUCGGAGACGGCGUGUCGCGCCGCGUCUCGUUCUGCACGACAAGCUGUUGCAAAACAACUAGACAGCCAGGAGAACGGCGUCUCGCUCCGAGACGCGCUCGUCGCCAAAUCGAGACGAGCCCUAGCGACGCUACGAGCAGAAUCCGAGGCGUCCUCCUCGCCGCAGCAGCCCGACGACGAGGAGAACAAGCCGCCCCUGCUGAACGACCACUCGGACGCCGAAUCUGUUGACAGUGACGACGAUGCUUCGGAGGAGCGGCCCGUCGUGCCGUGCGGGUUGCUGGACGACGACGUAGCUGAAGAGGUGGUGGAAGAUGAUCAGACAGUACAAAGUGUGGAUCCUUGUCCCUGGUGGGUGCCGCUCGUUGCGGCUCCAGAAAUUGACCGCCCGCGGUCCGCGAAAUUAAGGAGGAAUCAUCGAGCGGAGCUAGCUUCUGCCUUCUUAGCGGCUUCCUUACGGUGCUGCGCGUCUUGUGGAGGGGCCUUAACUUCCUCAGAAAGACGCUUCCCGCCGGCCUUUUUUGCCGCUCUCUGCGACGCCGUCGGCGACCGCAAUUUACCGAAGGGCGCGCGGCGGGCGGCGCGGCGAGCUUUACGGAGGUUGUGUGGUGGGAGUCCUAGAGAGUACCGGGCUUGUAGGGACUCUCAUUUAUUUGCGCGUCAUUUCACGCGACUACGAACCGCUUUGUCAACGAUCAGACGAGAGGGCGAGCUCGAAUACGUGUCUGCGGCGCGGUUGGAGCACUCUCUGACGCGAUUACUACGAGUAGUUCGUUCACGAGCCCACCACUGGCGCACAUUUUGUGCAAGACCGGCCAUCGGUUCUACACAAGACGACGACGACGUGGUCAUGAUCGAUCAAGAAGACAAGGAAGACGACGCGUCGCUGGCCGACGCCUCGGACGGCGACGAGGUUUCAUUUGAGAGGGGCCACUGCGGCUCUACUACCCUCCUAGAGUUGUGCGAAGUGCUACCCGCCUCGACGGCGAGGAACGCGGUGCUAGAACUCCUUGAAAGGUGCUGUAGACCCGUGGACAACUUGCGAGACGACGAUUUGAGACUAGAAGAUCAACGCGCGUCGGCCGAAAACGCAUCUGAUCAACGGACGCAGUCGCGGCCGCGGCGGAGGUUCGCGCGGUUUCUCGGGCUGGGUGCGCCGGCACAAUCAGUCGGAUCCGCUUCUCGAGCGGCCCAGGGUCUCGUGAUUGACCUUGGUGAAGAAGCGUCGGAGAAGCUACUCGCGUUUGCUUCCACAAUAGCUGUGGAUGGCGAUAGUCGAGGGUGUAGAGCGCUAGGUGCCCAGACCUUGAGACACGUCUGGCGCGCUUUGGAUCGACCGGCGAAGACCACGGUGUUAGCAGCAUUGGCAUCGCGGGCGCCGCGAGAAUUGAGAAGGUCCGGUGGCGGCGAACUACUCGCGGCUCUCCGAGGCGCCCUCGUCGAAGCCAUCGACGACCGCGACAUCCUGCCCGAAGCUACACUGGAUGAGUUAUGCUCUACAUUACAAGCAGGCUUGAGAGAGACACGAUCACAAUCAGAUGAUGAUGUCCGCGCCGUCUACCAGGCGACGGACGGUCUUUGCAGAAAUGCCCCGAGGUGUUUUGAUGACGCCGAGGACGACGAGGAAGACACGGAACUGCUGAAGGCGGCUUCCGAGGCCGACGCUACGGUCCGGAACGAGGCGGGACCGGUUGUGGAUGAUUUCGAAGGGUCGACGACGGACGACGCCGAUAGGGUACGAUAUCUGUCGGAGGGCGACGUCUUCACGGCGAAGGACGUCAAGGACUGCGUCACGGUGCGCGAUAGGUCGCAAUCUUUGUUGUCUGAUCCGGAGGACCCCGACAGUGAUAGUGAGAAGAAGAAAGUUCCGGGAAAGGCGAGGCCGCGGGAGAAGAGGAAGCCCCUCCAGUCGCUGGAGGAUUUACGGAAAGCAGCGAGGUACACGGAGAACACGGCUCUAUCUCAGCUGAGGACCGUUCGUAGAAUUACUCAUUUGGAGUUGCGCAUUCGCGAGCCUCGCGGGAGGUAUGUGCGACGGUUGAAGUUGCAUUAUGCGGCGCGGGAAGUUGACUCCUUAUCUGAUUUGUCUUGGCCUACUCAUAGAAGGAAAUGGGCGCUUGCUGCUACGGUAAGGUUAGAAAGGGGCCAAACCAGCGCGAGGAUACCUCUACCCGCACCACUAGUAGCUGCCAACUUACUCAUCGAGUACGACGACUUCUACCCUCAAAGGACCACGGGCCCGCCCCAGCAAAGACGUACAGGAUCAAAAACGCAGCCUUGCUUACAUUGCCCUCGAUGCGGUCGGGCCGUGACCGACGCGCACGGCGUCUGCCAGCACUGCGGCGAAGUGGCCUUCCAAUGCCGGCAGUGCCGCCACAUCAACUACGAACGGUUGGACGCGUUUUUAUGUGUGGAGUGUGGGUAUUGUGCUUUUGGCGACUUUUCGUAUCGACUGCGAAGCGACCCGGCGCCGGACGCCUUGUCUAUUCGUUCUGAAGAAGAUUUACAGAGAGCAGUAGCUCGCUUGCGAGACCGCGCGGACGCCUGUGCGGACGCGAGGAGAGAGUUGCGACGCCUCCUGCCCGAAUGUGCGAGGCGAGCACGAGCGUUAGCUCUGUCGCGCGACGACGAGCACGCGGUGUUUUCGGCGUGGCCUCGUUCCUCGAAAACAGCUUUAGAUGACACGUGGUGCGCCGUGGACGUGGCGUCCUUCGCGCUGAUGGCGCAUGCUGAUGCCAGAGUCCUUGGGACACCGAGAGCCGCUGCUCAGUUGGCGGCGGACCUAGGAUCAUUGUUGAGUGCAGUGGCGCCGUCUUCACAAAAUGUAGCUAGAUUAUUCGGCGUCGACGAGGAGGAGGAGCCCGUGGCCGUCAUGCCGCCCCUGGAUCUCGGGCCGGCCCGGGCUUCCUCCUCUCUCGCGUCCAUCCUGGCGUCGGCGCGGGACAGCGGCCCCGAGGACGCGCGUCGGUUGGCGGCCGCGUUGGAGGGCGUGCCUCGGCGCCGCAUGCGACGACGACGGCUCGGGCCGCCGCCGACCCUUGGUGGAAGUUCGUACGCCGCGGCUCUCUCGGCCGCGCGACGAGCUGUUAGGGCACCGCCUACCGCUUUACUACGAAGGCCAGCACGUAGAGCACUAGCCCAAGCGGCAGCGGGACUCCUAGGAAGGUAUCCGAGAGCGGCGCCGCCGCGGGCCAACGCCGCGGCUCUCUUCUUCCGCGGCGAAACGGCGGCCCGGUCCAUAAGACUGAGACGAGAUCCCGUGCCGGGAGAAGCCCAUGAGGAGGACGACGACGACCCCAUGAUCGAGGAGGACGAGGACGAGGAGGAGAUGCUGCAACGAGCUUUAGCUGCGAGCGCCCCGCCGCCGCCCGAACCCCACGGUGAUGAUAGCGACCCGCCCGGCUCGUCGGAUGACGACGAGGACGAUGAUCUCGAUGCGGCGCUCGACGAUGAUGAUCCGUUAGCGUUCGAGCUGCGUGAGGACGUGGACUUUGGUAGAGAGCGUUUUGACGAAGAUGAAUCUAGGGAAGAAGAGCCUGUUCCGGAGGAGCAGGAGGACGAGGAGAAGCCGCCCGUGCCCGACGCGAAGGUCCUCAAGGCUCAAAAACGCCAGAAGAGGGAGGAGGUCGCUUCUCAAAGCUUGGAUAGGGUCUACGCCGCCGCGGCCGCCGCGGAUCAAAUUGUAAGAGGCGGUACGCAGCGGAAGAAGCGUGAUAGAACUGGUGUGCCCAAAUCGCCUCCCAAGCCCUCUUCCGAUUCUCUACGUGAAUUAGUGAAGUCUGUACAUGCGGAAGAUUUGAGGAAAAGAUCUGCUUCAGAUAGCGAAGAGGAAGAGGACAGUACGGUGAAGCUCGGCCACGCGGCCCGGUCUCUGCUGGAUCUGUACGAGGGCGAAUGUCUGCCGUUAGCGGCGGAACUCAAAUCGGCCUCGAAACAAGCUGCGCAGACCGUGGCGCGAGUUCGGGCGUACCGACGGCGCACGCAUACGCACGAAGACGUAUCGUCCGAGGACGAGGAUGAUGAGGCGUCGCUCAAGACGGCGGCGACGGCCGGGCGGUUGGCAGCCUUAGCUGGGGCUUUAGCGUCGUCGGAAAGAGGUAGAAAAGCUCUAGAUCGGAAGCGCGUCGCGCAGGAAUUACUAGCCGUGGCGUCGAGUGACCACCGGGAGGCGUCGCGAGCGGCGGCCCAGGCGUUACGGUCCCUAGCGUCCCAUUCCGAGCACGCGCGAUCUUAUUUAUUCGAGGCCCUGCGUUCCGCGGCGGACGACGCGUUAACGGACCCGUGUCAGUUAGGUGGACGCUCUCGGGACGCGGCGCCGCUCGGAAGGGCCUUGAAUUCACUAAGGGACCACGUCGCGGCGCCGGGCACGGUGCUGUCCGCGGCUUGUCUAGCCUUUUGUUUAGACGUCGUUCCAAAAGCAGCUCUGUCGGAUGAUCCGCAGAUCGCCGCUUCGAUCUUGCGACCGUGCCUCGGCGUGCUCUGCAAGGUGGCCUCGUCCCCAGAUAAUGAGAACGUGAUAGCGUGGCUCCAGAAGGAAUCGGGCCGCCUCCCGCGCGAGUCGGGUCCGUGGCGCUCUCUAUCAAGGUUCUCGCGGCCGACUGAUCUGAGGAGCGCCUUCGACCGGUGGAAGGGGCCCCCAGCGAAGCACUGGUGGCUCCGAGCUUUCACUGGAAGUAACGAAGCGUGCCGGCGGCAGGCGUCACUGCUAUUGCUCGCGGCCUGCGGCAAUGAGAUGGAGACGCCCGGACAAACAGCAUGCGUCGAGUUCGCUCUGGAAGGCUUCGCGACAGCCUGCGCUUCCAACAAUGGAGACGUGAGCCAGCUGGUCGUCGUCGCGAAGGAGCUCAUCACGAGCGUGAAGCGGCGCGCGUACAUCCAGAAGCGAGGUUUUGGGCGGUGCUGUGCGAGACUCGCUCGACGGGAGGCUUCUCUCCUACUCGCGAGGGAUGCCCGUCUUCUGAGAGAUUCCAGAGGUGGCGCCGACGGCGCCGCUGCCAGAGCGGUUGGUAGAGAGUCGCCGGCGUUGGAAGCGCUGUGCGUCCUCGCGUCCGAGCUAGCUGAACACAAUGAUGAAGACGACGCCGAGGGCGCUGCUGGUAGGGCCUCAAGAGACGCACUAGACGUGCCUCUCGAGGCCUGCCUCGCUCUUCGAGCGUUGGCGUUGCUGGGCUGUCGCGCGACGGACCAGGCCGCCGAUAGUUUAGCGUCGGCGGCUCGCGUGCCGUUGGAUUGCGACUGUAGAGGUACAAUAGACAAGCGCCGGGGCGAUCGAUUGGCCUUUCUCGCGGCUUCCUGUCGCGUGCUGCGGAGGAGGAGAGAUCGUCGAUUAGGUAUUUUAACAGAAGAUCCGCCCCCGCCGCUCGACGCGAAGGCCAUUGAUAAUCUACUAAAGGACAUGGCGUCGGCGGCGACGCCGAAACGGCAAAGACAGAGGGUCCAACUGCAGUUGAGACGGGCCCCAACCCAAGAAGAGUUCUUUCGGGGCAAUCUGCCUCGAUCGACCGUAGAUUUGGAUGACGUGCCCACGGAAAACUCCGGUGAGGACGCCGAGCCGUUGAUGCGAGACGUGCGGCGAAAAAUAGCGCGAGAUCUCGACAUGGUCGACGCGGCGGAAAUGCUCGAGUUGCUCGUGUGCGACAAAAUUAUUUCACUCGAUCUCAGUGUCAGGCAGGUCUAUGCGAAUGUGUGGCAGCCAGGAUCGAAGGACGCUCGUAAUAGAGCUCGUAGGAGACGCAUGGGCGCUCUAGCUGCCGCUCUAGGUGAUGCUGGGGCGUCAUUGAUGGCCCCCGGGGAGGAAGAAGACGAAGAUCACGACAUGGAAGAGGAGGACGAGGUCUAUUCGGAGGUCGGUGACGAGGACGAGGACGAGGAGGAUGAAGAUGAGGAUGAACCUAAAAGGAGGCGUAGAGUUACGCCGCCGAUGGUCGUCACUUACCGGCUCACUGGUGUGGAUGGCGAGGCCACGGAGGAGAGAUAUGAACAGGUAGAGGCGCAGGACGACGGGCGCCGGAGGCAGGACCAGUCGCAAGCUGCCGUCGUCAUCGCGUCUUCGGGCGGGCUGGAGGAAUUGGUGCGGUGUUGUUCUUCUAGAGAUGCCCCGGAACUCGCUGGCCGGGCGUUGCAGUUACUAGCGUUGUGUGCCGACAGUGGGUAUGCCUCGGACCUCGCGAAAAGGGGCGCUUCUGGGGCAUUGCUCGCUAGGUUAGUUGCGGAGCUCCGAAACAAAAAGACCUCGCAGAACACGCUGGUGCCUCGCAUCUUGAGUCUACUCGAAACGCUGGCGCCCGCCGCCGCGGCGGAGGACUCGCAGUCGGAGACCGAAGAGGACUCCAAUGAAGCCGGUCAUUUGGAGACACUAGUCGAAGGUCUGAAAGACGCAUCCGUCGCUUCUGCUCUCGCGCGCACACCCGCUCUGAGGAAAGCUGUUUGUAGGUUGUUACCAGCACUAGCCUACGGUCGUAAAGACGCCGCAGACGCGUUGGCGUCGACGGUGGUCCAGUUAUUUGACAGUGGUGUUGAUAAGUGGGCGCAAGAAUCGACCAAUGAUCCCGACUCGGUGGCUGCUGCUUGUUUGCGAGAGGUUGUGGAAGGCUUGGGGAGUGGCGUUGGUGCGAGAGCGCUCGGCGACGCCCUGGAACGGGCGGGCUUCGCGAAGAAGUGCUCGCAAGCGCUCGUGAAGCGGCUCCCUACGACGUCACCGAAAUUCGCCUGGGCCUCCACGGGAACCGAGUCUACGGAGUGGACCGAGUGCGCCGUGAAGGACGAGCGCAUUAUUGUAGCUCUCCUGAAGGCCCUGAAAGGCUGCUGCGCUUCAUCAGAGAGGUGCGCGAAGACGGCAAUAAAAGACAAAGCCGUCGAAAGUGCGCAUGCCCUGGAAUUAUUGCUCGCUCCGUCAUUGGUAUGUUUGGCGGCCGAGGAGCUCGUCGACGCGUGCGUCGCGUGGCCCAGCGGCUCGAAGGCUCGAAGCAUGCGGGAGGCUUCUAGAAAUGCUCGUCUCGACCACGCGUCGAAGAAGCGCGACCGCAUCCUGAAGAGAUACGGGUUAGAGGCGCCUCCCCAACAAGGUGAAAAACCCCAGAAACGCGCGAGGGCCCCGUCGGUGACGGAGAACGUGCAAGACGCCGAGCCCGACGACGCGGGGUCGGCGAGGUGCGUCGUGUGUCGCGAGGGCUUCGCGUCGCGGCCGCGCGACGCUUUGGGGGCCUACAUCUUCUCGAAGCUCGCGGCGGCGGACGUCGGGGGCGCGGACGGCUUUCAGUUGGUCGAGGGCGCGGCGGCCGCGGCGCAAGCGGCCUCGCGGCCGCGGCCGCCGCCCGCGGUAUGUUCUUCCGUGGGUGCGAUGCAUUGCAUCCAUGCGAACUGCCAUCGCGACGCGACGCGCGCGGAACGGUCGUUGAGGUCUCCUCGGGCCGAGUGGGACGGCGCGGCCCUGCGGAACUCGAGGGUCCUAUGCAACUCCAUCCUGCCCGUGCGGCCGCCCCAGGCGACGGACGACUGGGCGUCGGCGCGCGCGGCCUACCACGCCGCGGUCGAGCGCCACUUCGGGCGCGUCGCGCAGCUCGGCGUCGCCGCGGCGCCGGCGUCGCAGCUCGCCGCGGCGGCCUCGACGUCGUCCUACGCGUCGCCGUCAUCUCGGGCCCUGCGGUCGUCGCGUUUUCAGUUAGCCGCGCACGACGCGCGUUUACUACUCCUACGCUUGGCGCACAACGAGCCGCUCCACCAGGAGAGCGGCGGCGGUUCGAGACGGUCGAACCUCGAACUCUGUCUCUACCUAUUGCAAAUGGCGGGCCACCAGCUUCAAGAUAGAGACGCCGGCGGCGCGGCCGACGCGGCCCUCGCGCAGCGCGAGCGGCGCCACCUCGACGCCGUCGUCGCCGCUUCUCUAGAUCGCGCCCAGGGCUCGGCGGACCAGCGCAAGCGGGCGGCCGAGGCCGCGCCGCACGCCGCCCUGCUAUCACUCUUCUCGGCGUCGAACGACCGCUGGUCCGUGCAGCGCAAGCGGCGGGCCUGCGCCCGCGCGCUCAAGCGGUCCGUGGACCGCGCGAAGAGCCGGGCCGCAGCCUCGGCUGCCGCGCGGAGCCGGCGCGGCCGCGCGGGCUCGCAGGGCCAGCCCUCGCCGCCGAACAGCCCGCAGCGCCCGUCGUCGAACGCGGCGGCGCCGGCGCCGGCGCCCGCCGACGUCGAGGCCGCCACGGCCGCGCGCGCGGUGACCUACGCGCGCGCGACGCUCGCCUACGUGGCCCUCGUCGACAAGCUGCAGUCCGUGCUCGCGACGCCGCUCGUGCCGGCCGCGACCGUCAUCACGCCUGCUGAAGGGCGCAUCUCGCUGUUUAAUGGAGACGACGCGGGCAUCGGCAGGUGCGCCGCGGAGUUGGCGAGCUUCUACGACGCGCAGCUCCGCGACGCCGAGGCGCCCCAGGACGUCCUGCGCGUCAUGGACCUGGACGCGGACGCCCUCGAUAUUGACACGGAGACGCGGUCCAUGGUCUUCGGAUCUUAGAGCUUUGUGGCGGUCUGUCCCCUUGGGGCCGCUCCAUAGCGCGUGUUGUGUGCCGGCGGGGCACCUCUCUUUAAGUACUAAUGGUAUAA